AUUAUGAAAAUUCAGAGAGUAGAAUACAACAAAACCCAAACAUCAAUCGAUUUAAACAUUCCCAAAAUCCACGGCGAUGGGUGGAAAAGUUCGUCCACUCCGCUCAUAAAAGCUUGAGCAGAACUCCAAUUUCCACGCGGAUUCGAAUAUGAAAACCAACAAAUUCAAAAAGUUGAAGCGGAGACUUGGAAAUCCAAGGAGUGGACUCUGUGACGCACCAGAAAUCGUCAAAGAUUUUGAAGCAGACUACUGUUUUCAGUCAAGUCUUCGUCGUCUUCCCUUUUGCUUCACUGUUUUCUUCCCCCCUUAAGCCCCAAUCCCAUUUCCCAAAUCUCCCCUUCUUCAAUUUCACCGAUUGCGAGACCAUCAAUCGCAAAAUCGCCGCUGGAAAUGGGGUGUUCGGGCCGAAUUUUGAAACCCCUUUUCUGUUUGUUCUUUGUUUCUUACUUCUCUGCCGCCAACUCUGAGCUCCCGAGUGCUCAGCAUGCUGCCAUGGUCGACCUCUCUCGGCUUCUACGUUUAUGGGAUGUUAACAUGGAGCCGAAUCCGUGUUCAUGGAAGGGGGUUUUAUGCGAUUCUGAUAAUUCCUCUGUUACUAACAUUUUUCUCUCGGGAUCUUCUCUUUCUUCAGAGGAAUUUCUGCCUGUUAUUUGCCAGAUUGAUACUCUACAGGCGCUUGAUUUGUCGCGUAACCACUUGAGUCGUAUUCCGGAGCAGUUCAUCAAAGAUUGUGGAGGGAUUUCUGGGCUGAGGUUGCUGAAUUUCAGCAGCAACCGGUUGGUUGGCUCUCUGCCUACUUUUGUUGGUUAUAAAAAUUUGGAGAUCUUGGAUUUGUCUUUCAAUUCCAUGAAUGGAACUAUUGGUUUACAGUUAAAUGAACUGGUUAGUCUUAAAUGUUUGAAUCUUAGUUCCAAUGGUUUCAGUGGCCCUGUUCCCACUAGAAUUGGAAGGGACAAGGCCUUAGAACAGCUCCAGCUUUCUAGAAAUAGAUUUCAAGGGACAAUAUCAGAAGAUAUCAUUAGUUAUGUGAACUUGACUUAUAUUGAUCUUGGUGCAAAUUAUCUUUCUGGGUCUCUUCCUUUGCAAAUUGGAGAUCUCUCCAAGCUGGAGUUUCUGAUUCUGUCUGCCAAUAAUUUGAGUGGAGAAGUUCCAGAAAGUCUUUCAAAAAUCAGCACUCUUGUGAGAUUAGCAGCUAACCAAAAUAACUUUGCUGGUAAGAUUCCUAAUGGACUUACAAAUUAUGUGAAGAACUUGGAUCUUAGUUAUAAUAAUAUGAGUGGUUCCAUUCCAGUAGACCUCUUAUCGAAACCGCAACUAGAGACUGUAGAUUUGACUAAUAAUGAAUUAGUGGGACCAAUUCCUGGAGAUGUAUCUUCUAGUUCUAACUUGGUUAGGUUGAGGCUGGGGAGCAAUAUGUUGAAUGGGACAAUCCCUGAAACAUUUGGAAACCUUCAGAAUUUGAAGUACUUGGAAUUGGACAACAAUCAGCUGACUGGUUUGAUACCAAAUGGUUUGGGCAGUUGCAAGAAUCUGUUGCUGUUGAAUUUGGCCCAAAACAAUUUUUGGGGCAGGCUGCCAACACAGUUGGGGAAUCUUCAAGGUCUUCAAGUCAUGAAACUUCAAUCUAACAACCUGUCUGGAGAAAUUCCAUCAGAAAUAAUGCAACUAAAAGAACUGACAGUUCUAAAUGUUGGUUGGAACUCUCUCAAUGGUUCAAUACCGCCUUUGAUAUCAGUUUUGCAAAAGCUUAUUAACUUGAAUUUACAGGGUAAUUAUCUCACUGGUGCCAUACCCAAUACAAUUGGUGACAUGAGUUCAUUGAUAGAACUCCGACUAGGGACAAACCGUCUAACUAGUCCAAUUCCGAGAAUGCCACGGAAUUUGCAGAUUGCUUUGAACCUAAGCAGCAACCAUUUUGAUGGGCCGAUUCCGAGAUCUUUUUCUCUACUUGUUAAUUUGGAAGUAUGGGACCUCUCAAACAACCAAUUUUCAGGUGAUAUUCCAGAGUUUCUGGCUCAGUUGUUAUCCUUGACAGCGCUGAAUCUUACUAACAAUCAGCUCUCUGGCAUCGUUCCGAUAUUUAGGAGUUGGGUUUUGCUCGACACAAAAGGAAACCCGAAUCUCACUAAUCGUACAGCGAUUGACACUUCUCCCUUAUCUGAAAAGAAGAGAAAGCCAAUCAUUGUGGCAGUCGUCGUUGUGGUUGUAGCUUUAUUUGUUUCUGCUGCCUUGGUAAUGUUUAUUAUCUUCAUGUCGAGGAGACGUAAUAAUAGGGGGAAUGUCAUGGAAUUUCAAGAGGAAGAUCCUCCUACGACAACUAUUAUUCAGGGGAAAUUAUUGUCUCUCAGUGUCAUCCACCGCUCAAAUAUCGACUUUUCUGAAGCCAUGGAGGCAGUUUCUGACCCAUCUAACAUUGAAGUGAAAACUCGAUUUUCAACAUACUACAAAGCUGACAUGCCAUGUGGAUCAAGCUAUUAUGUUAAGAAGCUCAAGUGGGAUGACAAAAUAUUUCAGCUGGGAAGUCAUCAUAAGUUUGGAAAGGAACUUGAGGUCCUUGGGAGGCUUAGCAAUUCAAAUAUCAUGACUCCUCUGGCUUAUGUUUUGACCAUUGAAAGUGCUUACCUAUUCUUUGAAUAUGCCCCCAAGGGCACUCUUUUUGACAUUCUCCAUGGUAGCUCGGGAAGCGUCCUUGAUUGGUCGAGUCGAUACAGCAUAGCUAUAGGAGCAGCUCAGGGCCUUGCUUUCCUUCAUGGAUGUGCAUCUGGUCCUGUACUUCUCCUUGAUCUAUCAAGCAAAAACAUUUUCCUGAAGUCCCUCAAGGAGCCUCAAAUAGGUGACAUUGAGCUUUGCAAGGUGAUCGAUCCCUCAAAGAGCACCGGAAGCCUUUCGACAGUAGCUGGUUCGGUAGGCUAUAUUCCUCCAGAGUAUGCUUACACAAUGAGGGUGUCGCCUGCUGGCAACGUCUACAGUUUCGGAGUGAUUUUACUUGAAUUACUAACAGGAAAGACAGCAGUUAGUGAGGGAGCCGAGUUGGCGAAGACCGUUCUAGCUAACCACUCCAAGCAGCAGCAGCAGAAAUGGGAGCUGCAAAUCCUGGAUAAGACUAUCAGCAAAACAUCUUCCGACGUUCGUAGCCAGAUGGGCGCUGUCCUCAAUGUAGCGGCUUCAUGUGUGUCUCCAUCGCCCGAAGCAAGGCCGAAGAUGAAGACUGUCCUGAGGAUGCUCCUUAAUGCAAGAUAAAACAACAGAGUCCUUCUGCAUACUACAAAUUGGAAAGCAGCUAUGGACUUCAGUAUAUGAGGUGAUAAUCUUAGCUCUAGUUAUUUAGUUUGUAAUAUUAAGAAUUGAAUUGUACUGCUAGGUUGUGUAUAUAUAUAUAUAUUUUUUUUAGUA